AUGGAGCCGCCGCCGGCGGUGGCCGCGGUGCUGCUGCUGCUGCUGGCCGCCGCGCCGGCGUCAGGGCAGAUCGCGACGUCGUGCACGGCGUCGCUGAUAACGACGUUCACGCCGUGCCUCAACUUCGUGACGGGGAGCACCAACGGCGGCGGCUCGCCGACGCAGCAGUGCUGCGGCUCGCUGGCGGAGAUGGUGCGCACGGGCGCCGACUGCGCCUGCCUCAUCUUCACGGGCAACGUGCCCUUCAGCCUCCCCAUCAACCGCACGCUCGCCAUCUCCCUCCCCAAGCUCUGCAGCUCCACCUCCGUCCCGCUCCAGUGCCGAGACACGGCAACGCAAAUCCCAGCUCCAGGACCUGUCGCGUUCGCUCCCGCGCUUCCUCCACUGCCACCGAUUCCACCUGAAUCGUCAGACUCUCCGGUGGAUCCCACGGCGACGUCUCCGGCGGUGGACUCGCCGCCGUUCUCCCAGAGGCCAGUGGUGGUGCCCAGCUCAGCGAUUAGGAGUUCUCACGUGUCCGUGGCAGCUGUCACCAUUGUACUCUCCAUAGCUGCAUCCAUUUUCGUUUGA